AUGUAUGUGUCGGAGAUGCUUAAUCUUAAGGCCAGGGGUCAGGAAUUAAGCAAAAAGGACUACGACGAUCUCGUCAAUCAUUUGUGUAAAAAAACAAUUUCUGCAGUUCAACUGGGUGCCUUCCUCAUGGCUGUGUACACAAAGGGCAUGACACCGGAAGAGGUGGCCAACCUCACGUCUUCCAUGGUGAGCUACAGCGACAAACUGCGUUGGAAUGACCAGCAGUGGGCCAAGGUCGUCGUGGACAAGCACAGUACCGGUGGCGUGGGAGACAAGAUCAGCCACAUCAUCGCCCCUGUGAUCUCCGCCUGCGGUGGCAAAGUUCCGAUGAUCAGUGGUCGCGGACUUGGGAUCACUGGUGGCACAAUCGAUAAACUCGAAUCGAUUAAGGGCUACUCGGCGAAUAUUCCGGAGGAGAAACUGAAAAGUGUGCUAAAUGAAGCGGGGUUUUUCAUAAUCGGACAGACCGAGCGCUUGGUUCCGGCUGAUCGUCAGCUGUAUAAGUAUCGCGACGUAACCGGAACAGUGGCUUCCGUUCCUCUUAUUACCGCAUCCAUCCUGUCGAAAAAGUUGUGUGAGGGCCUUCGCGGUCUUGUAAUGGACAUCAAACUAGGCUCUGGAGCGCUUUUCCAAACUCUGGAAGAAGUGGAGGAAUUGGCAAACAGCCUGGUCACUGUGGGACGAAAGCUUGAUCUCAAAGUUGUUGCGGUAAUAUCCUUGAUGGAUGAGCCACUCGGAGACUGCAUUGGCAAUGCCCUCGAAAUGGCAGAGGUCUUUACUAUCCUCGCCGGUAAACCUCUUCAAGGUCGACUCGGUGACCUCACCCUCACCAUCGGUCAGAGCAUGCUGUCCGCGGCCAAUCUAGUGCCCAACGAAACACGUGCUCGCAAUGCGCUCACAGAUGCCCUGCGCGAUCGAAAGGCGCAAGCCGCGAUGUGCAAGAUGCUGGUGAGCCAGGGCGUGGACUCGGAGAUGGCUGUGGCCCUCUGCUCACCGCCGCCUGAAGACUGCACCGACGACAUCGAUCACUACCUCCAGGUGAUGGGCAAAAUGGCCAACAAGAAGACGCCGAUUACAUCUCCAAGGGGCGGCUUCAUUAGCCAAAUUGACGCAGGUACAAUUGCUCAAGUUGUCUGGCGUCUUGGUGCGGGACGCGACAAGCCCGACGACGAAAUCGACCACACCGUCGGUAUUCGUCUGCUGAAACACGUUGGUGACCCUGUCGAAGAAGGCGAAACAUGGUGCAUAGUAUAUCACAAGGAGGAUACGUUGGACGCGAAACUCGGCAUCAUGACUCAUUCGGCGGUAACUGUGCUCAACGAGGAGCCCGAAAGCCGAGGAGUCGUGGUGAAAGUGAUUGGGUAA